UCUAGACGUAAACACCACUAUCGGAAGAUCAAAACACACCAAUCGUUCAACAAUCGGAGUUUUACUACAAGUUACGAUGUAAUUCGUUUGGAUUAAAACCGGUUACUUAUCCUAAUUUAAUGGAUAAGCGGGAGUUUAAAUCAAUGUAUUCAAACGUCUGUGCUUUAUUGGCUUCCGUUGUGCUUGUAGCAGCUAUUAAACCCAACUUUAGUGAUGUAGUUGCUGACCACCACCAGGCUCAGGGUGAACCACAAGUUACAGUAGGUUCGUUCUCAUCGAGGGGUGGUGGUGGAACGUCGCCACCUUUCAUGUCAGGGAGUGCUGAUGGUGGAGCUUCGCCUACGCCGCCGAGUUCUCCCAACUAUCAAACAUGUUCAUCUUCGACUGCAUAUGCGGGACAAUUAUAUUUAUUCAGUACUUUGGAUGGCCAGAUUAGUGCAAUAGGGAGAAAAGGCAAUCUUCAUUGGAGUGUUAACACCAACCCUGGUCCCCUCAUAUCAUCUAGUAUACAAAACCUACAGUUCUCCAAUAAUGAUGGGCAUUACAGGAUAGUUCCUAUGCUAGAUGGUAACUUGUUUAAAUGGAAUGGUGAAUGUCUUGAGGGGGUACCUUUCAAUGCCGAGAGCCUACUAAGUGCAUCAUUCAAGCUCAGUGAGGAUAUCACGGUUAUUGGGGGCAAAGAGAAAACUACUUACGGUAUAAAUGCACAAACAGGCAAGGUGCGCUACACAUGCUCGUCAUUUGGAUGCCAGGUGAUUGGGAAUGAUGGUGAUCAGGUGACAGAUGACGAAGACUUGAUUGUUGUAGAAAGGAAACAGCACACGAUCAGAGCUGUGGAACAAAGAACAGGAAUUGAAAGGUGGAAUUUCAGUGUCGGUCAACAUGACUUGAGCUUCUUGGAGGGCAACUUUUUGUAUAACAGUGACAUACACAUGGACAAUGGCAAUAUUUGUGGCGAGGGUAUGCAACAGGAAAUAGCCUACGACGACCCUAUCUUACAAAUCCAAGUAUCUACUGGCCGAGUCUAUGCAUUCAGUCGCAGUGACCCAAGUGAAUUGCUAUGGAGUCAUGAGUUUCCAAGUGCAAUAGCCCAGGCCUGGACAUUACAAGAUGGUGAGAUUGAGCUGAUAAAUUUGUUUGAUGGUACUCACAUACCAGCCAUUGCAUCAGAACAUAGUACUUUCCUGCCACCUCAGGUCCAGCCUCAGCCAAUGAUGUACCUUGGUACCUAUAAAAAUCAGCUGUAUGCCCAGUCUUCAGAACAGUUUCAGGAGGAGCUGUCAUUUGGUUCCAGUGCAUUUGCUUAUGCUAGGCCGGAGAAUGACGAGCUGGUAGGGACAUACAACAGGGUAUUGUGGCAACCAUACCAGUCCACAGCACAGUUCAGAACACCCAGCAUCCUGCAUACACAGGACCGUGACCUUAUUGACAAAGGAGCUGACGGAGCUGAACAUGCCCCAAAGAUUUCAUAUAAUGACUACCCGUUUGAUGUGGGUUAUUACCUGUUUCGGUCACAGACACCUGCUCAAUACAUGAUCAGUCAGAGGAAUCCAAGAAUACAUCUGAUAGAGGGAGCAACAAAGAUGGAUGAUGGAAAUGUUUUUGUAGCAUCACUUUGGAACUGGUGGAAGGAGAUCCUUGCAACCAGUUUCUUGUUAUCAGUAGUAAUGCAGUUUUUCCACUCACAAUGCAAGAAGAUAGCCAGGAUUAGGACAGAUAGCUCAAGUAAGAGCUUGGAUGAAGGAGACAAGGUGGAAGAGAUAGAUGUGGCAGAAGAGGUCCAGGUUAACCCCCUGGUUCCUGACAGCCCCACCUUGGUCUAUACCUCAAGGUACCUGGUAGAUUUUGAUCAUCAGCAGUGUUUGGGAAAAGGUGGUUUUGGGAUUGUGUUCCAAGCCAAGAACAGAGUGGAUGAGAAUGAGUAUGCUGUAAAAAGAAUAACACUUCCAAACAGGUCAGAGGCACGUGAGAAGGUGCUGAGAGAAGCAAGAGCUCUUGCUAAGUUGGAUCAUGGAGGCAUUGUUAGGUAUUUCAACUCCUGGCUGGAAGAGCCCCCUCUGGGAUGGCAAGAAGAGAAAGAUAAUGAGAUUGGACUUGGGAGUGGGGUAACCACCACAGUGCCAACAGGCCUUACCAUUCAGUCAUUUUCGCCUGACAGUAAGCUCUUAAGGGAUGAAGAACGAUUUCAUCGUCAGACAUCUUCCGAUAAUCUCCAUGCCGAAUCCAAAGAUAAACAUUCUCCAGUUCCUGGUUGCCAUGGUGAUGAUAACACAACAACUGAUGAUACCUCUGGUACCAAUGGUUUUAACAUUGGCCAGUAUGAGGAAGAGAGCGGUUCUUUCAGCAUCAUUUUUCAGGAGGAAUUGCAAGACAGUGUGAGCAACCUUCCAAAGGAAUCAUUUGGUUUUGAAGUACCAGAGUCUUUCCCAAAUUCUGACCAAUCAGAAGAUACUGAUAACACCCAAAGUGUACCAUUCCAAAACUAUGGUGAUGAAUCGUUUGGAUUUAAUGCAGACAUCGAAGACAACAGUGCGUCAUUCCAGGUAGUUUUUGAGGAUUCCGGAUGUGCUGAGAAAGGAAGCGAUCAAACUGGAGAAAGUGCUGGCAGCGGAUCUCACCAGACAAUUACCAAAGAGCGCUCAAAGAAGUGCAAUACUCCAAGCAGUUCAAGGUCAAAAGAGUCAGAAGCAAAAGAAAUCAGAAAACUUGAAAAGAAACCAAUUGCUAAAGUUUAUCUGUACAUUCAGAUGCAGUUAUGUCAGAAGGAGACUCUUAAGGAUUGGUUAUCAAAAAUUACUUUGAAUCGAAACAGAAAUAGGGUUCUACACAUGUAUGAUCAAAUAGUGCAGGCUAUGCACUAUGUGCAUAGUCUUGGACUGAUACAUCGAGAUCUUAAGCCUUCAAAUAUAUUUUUCUCAACUGAUAGCACAAUAAAAAUUGGAGACUUUGGUCUGGUAACAGCCAUUGAUACACAGGUGCUAAAUGUAUCGACACCAACAACAACUGAGAAAGAUAAUAAAAUGUGUGGGGACCAGCGACACACAAGCCAAGUUGGAACACAUCUUUACAUGUCUCCAGAACAGCUUGAGGGUAAGACGUAUGGGAGUAAAGUUGAUAUAUUUUCUAUGGGACUAAUUUUCUUUGAGAUGCUUUUUCCAUUUUCUACUGACAUGGAAAGAAUAAAGGUCCUGUCAAAUGCUAAGAAGUCAGCAUUACCUAAAAGAUUCACUGAUGAAUUACCAACAGAGACAAAAUUUGUGAAGUGGCUUUUGUCCAGGGAACCUGAUGAAAGGCCUGAUGCCGAUGAGAUAAUGGAUAGCAACUUAUUUGCCAAUGUCUUUGAAGACUAUGCUCCUCCACAUCCAGUAACAAGGAAACGAUAUUCUUCCAACUCUACUACCUCAUAGCUCUAAAGCUAUUUAUAUGAGUAUUGGCGUAUGAUACUAUUAAUAUGCAUCUUGUUUUAGAUAAAUUAGAAGUGGGAGGGGUUCAAAAGGGGAGGGAGCAUUAUGUACUUUCACAUUUUAAUCUACUAGCGAUUUUGGGUAAAAAAAUAGGUCAGAUUUUCAACCUAACAAAUGUUAGCAGAAGCAGUUUUCAUCCGUACAGAAGCGUUGUAUGUCAGUGACUAUUCUAUGUUUGGUUUGAUUAAAAUUAAAAUUAUUCAACAAUAGCAAUUUUAAGAGACUAAACAAUUAUUCUAUGCUUUUGCUAUUUAAAGUGAUUUUAGGGAUUUGAUGAACAAUGCAUAGAUCUCUUGUUUUUUGUCCCUGCAGUGAUCCUACUUUAUAUCCUACAAUAUACUUUAUUGAUCAAUCAAGUAUAUUUUGACAUGAUAUAAUGUACUUGAUCAAUCAAGUUAUAAAAUUAUGUUUUGUUAAUCGCUAUAACACUUAACAGUAAAUCUUUGCCUUCAAGUUCUGUGAUACAGUACGGUAGUUAAAUUCUGCCAUCAGCAGGGUAUCACUGAAACAUUCCUUACAUGUUGGUUGUUGGUGUAUCUCUACCCCACACUGCCACUAUCUGAACUGCUUAAUGAUAGUGUUUCUCAUUGUGUACAGUAUUUCUAAAUUAUUCUCUGUUCAAUAUUUUGACAUGAAUUACAGUAUUCAAAAUGGUACAAAUGUAGUGGAUAAGAAGGUUGAAAUAUUUUGUCAUUAUUAAAGAUAAAUGAUUACCUACAGGGUUGUGUUUUAUUGCUUCAGAAGAUGUUGGGUCCUUGCGAUACCUUUGUCAGCCUUGAAGUGGAGGUAAACAUGUUUUCCAGUGACCAGCGGAAUUGGUAUGAUAAUGUGAUACAGAUUUAUUAUUAUUCUGUAUUAUCAUUAUUAUUAUUUAUUUAUUUAAAAAUUAUAACUUCUUGGAUGAAUAUCAGUUGUUAAAACUAAAAAAUACAACUUUUUUGCUGUAUAAUUUUUAAAAUGAUGAUGUUUAUUGAUUUAAAAUUAGAAAAAAAAUGUUUUAUACUGGUAAUGAGUUCCCUUAUCUUAGAGCACAUGAAAUAUUGUGAGGUUGAAUUAGUUAUUCUGUUCUAAUGUACAGAACUAUUCCUCUUAACCCUCCAAACUGCACAUGUAUUUAUAGACCAAUUAAAUUCAAAUCAAUUAGACAUUUCUGAGAAAAUGAUCAAAUAUGAAUUUCAUAAAUUUUACUAGUCAUAUCUCAUAUAUUAUGAAGUUUGUUACUUAAUACCAUAGUACAAGGGUACUAUGAUUACUUUAAUUUGGUUUCUAUAUUUGUUGGAUAAUGGAAUACAGUAUGUGAAUAAGAAUACCUGUUAGUAUUGUCCAACUAUGGCAUAUUUAAACAAAAUACUAAUAUAUUAUGAUAUAUAAUUAAGUCUGAUAAAUAAGUAUUGAAAUAAUUUGGAUGUAGGUGUGAACAUGUGAAUAUUUCAUCACAUUAUUUAUCAAUAAUCUCUUAAACCAAUUGUAGUAUGGACCAAUCUAAAAAUAGAAAAUACUUUUAAAAGUGUCAUCAAAAAAUGUAAAUAUUAAUUAACAAUAUUGUCAAUUAAACAUCACUUUGAGCAUGACCAGGGAAAGGUCAGAGACAAAUGUUGAGACACAAACAUACUAUAUAUAUACUAUAAGUAUAUAUUUUAUUUUUAUCAUAUUUUAAUUACUAUAAGUAUGGUGUUAUGUGAAAACAGUAUAAAUCAUGGCUGGUAUAAUUAGUUCAAAUUAUUUAGCAACAAAUUUGGAUGGUGUUAUCAUUGAAGACUGGGCUUCGUUGCAUACUGAAUUUCAAGUUAUAUUCUUUAUUCCUGUACCAAGUACAGAAAAUGUAAAAUAUUGUACAGCCAGCUAUCAAUAAAUAAAAAUUUAAAAAGUGA